AUGACGAUCGGCUGUUUCGCGGCCCAGAUCACCAACGGCUUCACAUUUCAGCAGAAGAGCUCAGUGGGCUCAACGUUAGGGCUCUUCACUCUCAUAGCCGUCGUUUCCUCUUUUGCUACAGCCGCCUACGGGUCCAACAUCGUCGAGAUGCGCAAGAAUUACGCCCAUUCGCUGUCAGUGUCUGUGGUCUUCGCGGUAUGGCACCACAUCUUCUAUAGCGGAGCGCUCUCGGUGAACUGGCCAAGCGUCCUCGUGGCCUUCUGGAGCAACUAUGCCUGGGCUGGGGGUAUGAUCUACUCUGAGCCAAUGCAGAACACGAUCAACGAUUUCAUCGGCUCGAACAAAGGAAAUACAUCGCAUGUCGGCGCCGCAGGCACAGGCGAAAGUAAUCCCCUUCUUGGGGGAGGGGUCGACAUCCACCAAAUAUACAAACGAGACGCUCUUCCUCAAGAUCUGAAUUUCCAAGCUGCCCUAGCCAAGCGCCAUCUCGUCGAUGUGAAAAGCGGAUUCAAAUAUUACGGGCUGCCCGUAAAGCCUGGGCUGCCACUCCCGGGCAACUAUUCUGGAUUCGCUGGCACCCUUGCGACGGAACACAUCCCAGCAAGCAACGCCUUCAUGACCGGACUGCUCUGGUUCUUGAUCUUGGUCGCAUGCGGUGUUGUCUCUGUACUCUCCCUGAAAGCUGUCCUCGAAGGCUUGAGUAGCAUACGCUUUAUCAAAAAGCACCACCUGGCCUUUUUCCGAAGCCAUUACCUUGCGUUCGCUCUGUCGACCAUCCUGCGAACAAUCUUCAUCGGAUUUUACAUGCUGACAUUCCUGGCCAUGUUCCAGUUCUCCUACCUAGCUCUUUCUGGUCCUGUUGCAGUCGCUUGUGCCGCUUUCUUUGUCGUAGUCUUUGGCAUAGGCAGUAUCGCCGCCUACGCUUGUUUCUCCAGACUUCGGAUCGGCAAGUAUGCCUCGGAACCCGAUCGACUAAACGUAGUCAAACGAAGAUUGCACAAGAUCAUUCCAUGGUUCAGCAUUUCCAGAAACAGCAACAAUCCGCGCUCCGAAGACGAGACCUACAUCGGUUCAAUUCCUUGGUGGACUAUACACGCUACGGCGGAUACCACAUCAAUCCAUGAUGACGAGCGUUACACAACAAAGUUUGGUUGGCUGGCCUCUCGCUACAGGAGGACUCGUUGGUGGUUCUUUGUCGUCUGGCUGUUCUACGAAUUCGUUCGAGCAUGCUUCCUUGCCGGCGCAUCGACUCAGCCCUUCGUCCAAGUCUUCGGCCUACUUGUCGUUGAGAUUGUUGCCUUCAUCGCCUUCACUAUCCUUCGCCCCUUCGAAGGACAGCGCCUGAACGUUUUGGCCGUGUAUCUUCUCGGCUUUAGCAAGAUUACUACUACAGGUCUUUCGGCAGCCUUUGAUACACGGUUUGGAAUCGCUCGUAUCCCUACAACCGUUAUCGGCAUCAUCAUAAUCGUCAUCCAAGGUCUCUUGACGGUGGCUGUGAUUGUUUUGAUCCUGGUCGGCGCUGUCUCAAGCUACCUGUCCAUCUUGCGAAACCGCGAACAAAUGGCGCCGUUGAGCUGGAACCCGAUGCGUGAAAAGUACUUUGCGCAUAUCGAUUUCGCAGUGCAAGACACUCCGCGACCACGUGCGGUGUCGAUUAACUCGAUGCCAGAGUUGCCGAAGACACCGUACUUUGAAGUGCGACAUGUGAAGCGGAUAGCCAAGGUUGAGGACGAGGAUUACGAGUUCAUGCGAGAGAUGGACAGCGAUCAUGCGACGUCCGAACUCUUGCUGCCUGAGCAAAGUCACGAUACUCCCACAGACCGGCCCGCCCAACGGCACAGGAGUGCAACUCUCCAGUCGCAAGCAUCUUACUCAAGUCUACCCAAGGCGGCUCGCCUGCAUCGCCCCAACUGGAGCAGACACGGGUACAGCGAUUCGAUGAGUCCCGGACGCCACAGGGCUUUGAGCGAAGCUCAUAUGAAGACUCCCAAGCAAAGUCAUGAGACGAUCGAUACGUAUCCAAGUCCACUUGGCAUUCAUCCUGAGGGGCCCAUGACUCCAGCUCUUUCUUCUUCGGCGCUCUCAGACGCAGGCAAUGUCGUCACCCCGGAUAAGCAAGCAACAAGUCGAAUGAGAUUAGUCUCACGAUCGAGCUCGAGGCCCAAACUGGAUACUAGGAUCACCGAGGAGACUACUAUACCUCCCGUUCCGAAGAACAAAAUUGCAAACUGA